UAGUGGAACUCAAAGGCCCGGAUUCACUCUCUUCACCAACCUGGGAAUAUGAGACGGAUGCCACAAUGACGUCUAGAUUUGGAAAAACAUACAGCCGAAGAGGAGGAGAUGGGACCUCCAAGUUUGACGAGGUUUUGUCCAAUAAAAGGGCCACGCUCAGCACCAAAUGGGGUGAGACGACUUACAAGGCCAAGGUGGGAGCAAAGAGGCCUGGUUUAAAGACUGAGUUGACAGAUCAGACCAAGAGGUCCAAGGUCUCAGAAGGUGAUGGCUCAGAGGAUCCGUUCGGAUUCGACAGUGAUGACGAAUCCAAGCCGGUCACGUCUCGUAGCGUAGCCCAGUCUAAACCCAAAGUGUCGUCCACAGGGGGCUCCCAGGCCAGUCUGACGCUGGAGCCCAACAGUAGGGUGAACCAGCCUGCCAGCGUGGAGGCUGUGGCCCCCAGCAGGGCCCCUUUCACUCUCAGCAGUGAGAGAAGUGCUCACAAAGUGCCAGAGGACCCUGGGAAAUUUUUCAAUACCUCUACCACAGGGAAGACCCCGAAUUGGUCCACUGAGAGCACUGACCAACACAGCUAUUUAUGGUACAAAAACCCUUCUGAAAGCGACACGAGACCUUAUGCUCAGACUACCACGUUAAAGUCUGAAAAAACAGAUGACAAGGAUGCUUAUGAUGCUUGGAGCACUGUGGUCGGACUGGGGGCACGCUCCACACCCGUCUUUACCGGACAUAAAAACCCUCCAUCUACCUUGUGGGCAUCCAGUAGUUACAGUCGCAGCAACAUUCAGGGCACAUCCUCCACUGAGACUCGGUUAGAAGAGUUUGCCCAAGGGAACUUUGAUGUUCCUGUUGAGCCAUCUGAAAGCGAGGACCACUCUCAGUCUCUUCUCAGGGCAUCCAACUGCAGAACGUAUUGCAGACCCAGUAAAGGCAAACAGCCUGGUGGAGCUGAUGGGAGUGGAAGUGCUUCCAGUCAUAGCUCCAUGGAAACGUUGCAGAACAGCGGGGCCGAAAAUGCUGGGAAAACAACGAGUAGAGGUCGGACGAGAGACUACACAGUGCUGCAUCCGUCUUGUGUUUCCAUGUUUAACGUCACCUUCCAGGACUCCAUGGACCGCAGUAUGGAGGAGUACGUGGCCAGCGCCCCAGCGGCUAGUCCAGGAGAUGCAGGAAGACUGAAGAAGAAAACCGAGAUAGAAAUCAAACCUCUCAGGUAAUAGUUAAGUGUAAGAACAUUAUUGUAA